CGACGACGACAACGACAACGACGACGCCCUCCCAGAACCCACCAUAGCCACGCAUCCCCCCCUCCGACCGCCACAAUGGAUAUGUUAACCGCCGCCGAGCAGCGCACUCUUGAGCAGCGCAUGCAAAAGCGACAGGUCAAGGAGUUUAUGGGCGCUUUCGGUGGUCUCGUUGAGCACUGUUUCAUGUCCUGCGUCGACGACUUCACCUCCAAGGCCAUCUCGUCCAGGGAGAGCGGCUGCAUCAACCGCUGCGUCCAAAAGUGGAUGGCCUCCCAGCAGCGCAUUAGCGACCGCUUCCAGGAGCACAACGCCCAGCUCACGGCCCAGAUGAACAAGUAA